CUGGUCCAAUUAUUAAUUUGUUAUUCAAUGGUGUGACCCAUACCAAAAGAUCCGUCUAGCUUGAUCUUUCAUAGACGAACACGCACCGUGCCUAACUGUAUUAUUUAUAGCGACGGCUGCAACGACCUUCAGAUUUUGAAGCCUCUCUCACAACCAAUGGCUUCGUUCUCUGCUCAAACCCGCGUUGUUAUUCUUCCAUGGCUAUUGCUCGCAGCCAUUGUGGAUUCAAUAUGUGCGAUUGAGCAGGUGAACGGAAGCAUCCAAGAAGGUCAACGAGAGUUUGAUUACUUUGCCUUGGCGCUGCAAUGGCCUGGCACCUAUUGCCGGCGCACCCGCCAUUGUUGCUCCUUCAAUGCUUGUUGCAGAGGCUCAAAUGCUCCAACAGAAUUUACCAUUCAUGGACUCUGGCCCGAUUACAAUGAUGGAACUUGGCCAUCCUGUUGCUCCCGAUCUUAUUUUGAUCCAAAAGAGAUAUCAACAUUGACUAAUGCUUUAGAUAAAUAUUGGCCAUCAUUAAGUUGUGGUUCACCAUCAACGUGUCAUGGUACGAAAGGGACAUUUUGGGCUCAUGAGGUACUCAUUGGAAAUUGCUUAGUUUUAAUUUAUCAUCUAGAUUACUAUGAAACUAAUGAUUUUUCAUCUUUUUGUUUCUGGGGCUAUCACGUUUGCACACAUUGGCAGUGGGAGAAGCAUGGCACAUGCUCAUUUCCUGUGUUUCGAGAUGAAUACAAUUAUUUCUUGACAACACUGAAUGUCUAUUUCAAAUAUAAUGUGACUAGAGUUCUAAAUGAAGCUGGAUUUGUUCCUUCUAAUAGAGAAAAAUAUCCCCUUGGAGGCAUUACCUCUGCCAUUGAGAAUGCCUUCCAUACAUCUCCUCAAGUAGUUUGCUCACAUGGUGCACUGCAGGAAAUCCGUCUAUGCUUCUAUAAAGACUUCAAGCCACGAGAUUGUGUAGUUGCAUCUGACAAUAAAAUUGACAUGGUUACUUCAAAAUCAUUGUGUCCCAAAUAUGUCAGCCUGCCAGAGCAUGUGUCAUCUGAGAGGGGUGGACAUCAAGGUUGGUUUCCUGAUAAUGAAGCUCUGUAGGGUUCUGCUGGGAUGAUUGAUUCUGUCUGUAACUUAAAACAUUAACUCAUCAGUUGGUGAGAUGCUGUCCUAUGUGUUAUAAUUUGGAGGGACAAGAAUAAAGCAUAUGCAAGCUAAACUUGACUUGUGAAUUGAAGAGUAGGUAUGGGCAUGGCCUUGAGUACUGUGUUGUGCUCCAUGUGAAUCCUGCGUUGAAAUGGGAUUCAUGCAUGAUUAUUUGGGAUUAUUCUUUGAAGAAAAUUACAUUUAGCACUUGACAAAAAUUAUGUUAAAAAUCAUCAAGUUGUAAUUAAUUACUAAUUGCCCUCAAUGAUCAAAAGUUAUUAUCUUGUUUUACGAAA